UUAGUUCUGUCAUUACUUACGAUAUCAAGGAUGAAUAGCUAAAUUUUUUCAUUUGAACGAUGAAGAAUUGUAUUUCAAAAUUUCAGUAUUUAACAAUUGAUCGAGCUAUUUUUGGUUGAAAGCAAAAAUAUAAAAAAAUAACCGAUAAAAUUUGCCUAAACGAAGGGUCUACUUCAAUAUUAAACACCCCCGGAGAAGAUAAACCAGCUCUUAUACUCUGGAGCAUUGAAUAUUUGAAGCUUGAAUUAACCCCGUCAUUAAUUUCAAGUUAUAGCAACAGUUAGAAAAUGCUCAUGAAGAGGCUACCUGCAUAUCGACCCCAAUGCUGUAUUGCGCCAUUGGCGGUCGCCGCGGAGCAUAUGUGCUUUUUCCCCGAGCUUCGAUCACAGUAUUCCAAGUUAUUGGAACGCUACCAAUGUAUGGUAACCAAAAAUAAACGUAUAUGGGCAUUGGCUGAGCCAAAACGGCAAACUGGUAAAUAUCAAACGCCAUGCUAUUGUCCAGAUACCGGAAAUCGUAAGGUGGAGAUUGUGCGAGAUGACACACCGUCACGCACGCGCACCGAGCAGCUAUCUUUUCCACCAGUAUUUCGACUUAUGCAACUGAAGGAGCGUGACUCGUUUAAGAGCUUUAGCAAUCAGCGUAAGUGCACGGUGAAUCGAAUGCUGCGUAAAAGUAUGCUGUCUCUGUACAGCCGCUUGUCAAACAAGCAGCCACCAGCCAAAAAAGAAAACCCCAAAAAAUUGACCGAGGCUGAGGAGGCAUUACGGCAAGAGCGUUGGAAAAGGCUAUCAAAACCAAGACCUGAUCCUAGCAAAGAACAAGAGAAGAAGAAAGCACUAAAACCGGAGAAACAGGAGAAGCAGACAAAACUCCCAAAGGGAUUUGGAUUUAUGCAGAAAGGCAAAGGUGGAGGGUCAUCUUUGAGGCGUUUCAAAAACUUGUCAAAACCAAAACAGUACGAACCUGAUGAGCCCAAAGAAUGGGUUUUAACCAACAAUAUGAAGUACUACACACCUUCUGAAAGAAUAAUCAAAAUAUCGAAACCUCGUAUUUAUGAAUCUUUCGAUCCUGAAGAGGUAUUUCGAGUUAAGGAAAAGGCGCUCAGUUAUAAAGCCACUGAACGCAUUAGGGUAUUGGCUUUGCCACCAGUUUAUCAACACAAACCGGAAGUAAAGGAAUCGCCAUUUAAAACAAAUCCAAAUGCAUUGAAGGCGAAGACAUCACAAAGGAUAGUAGAAUUAGCGACGCCAAAGGAUUUCUUUGACAAACAUACGCGGGCUAAUCCAUUUAAAGUCUCACCGAAAGCGCUGCGUGCUACGAUUACACCACGUUUGAGAGAAUUAGCCAAACCGAAGACGUAUGCGAUCUAGGAUUUGAUUAUCGGAUUUAAUUACAUUAAUUGAAAGUGAAAAUUUUGUAUGUGUUUUAUAUAAAUUUUAAGUUUAUCUGUUUAUUUAAUAAAUUAUAUUUAAGUUGUAAGUUAAGUGCGAGUUCCCAUUCCAAAUUAUGCCUCACAGUUGUAGAGUUAUGUGUUUUCAAUUGUUUAGUACUGAUUCUAAAUACAAUGCUCAACAGCCAAUGGCUAAACAAUUUGGAAUUUGAUCUCUGCAUUAAACGAAUGGUGUGAAUUAGUGAUAUUUCUGCAUAAAAAUACAACUCUUAAUUCACCUGUGUCA